CCAAACUAAAAAAAAUCAGCGACCAUGGAUACCCGAUUAGUGGCUCUGAAGCAAUUUGACGAGUCAAAAGCAGGAGUCAAAGGCUUGGUCGACACCGGCCUCACCUCCAUUCCCAGCUUCUUCGUUCACCCAACGGAGACCUUAUCGGACCUAAAACCCACUCACCAAACCCCACCACAAUCCAUACCCGUAAUCGACUUAUCCGGCUUCGAUUCUGAUCGGCGCGGGGCCAUAGUCGACCAAGUGAGCCGUUCCGCCAGGGACUUCGGCUUCUUCCAGAUCAUCAACCACGGGAUCUCGCAAGAGACUCUCGACCGUACUCUCGCCGCAGUGAAAGCCUUCCACGAGCUGCCGGCGGAGGCUAAGGCCAAGUAUUACGAUAGAUCAGGAGGUGGCCGGACCGGGUUUACGUACAUGUCGAACGUCGACUUGUACCAAUCAAAAGCUGCCAGCUGGAGGGACACGAUGACGGCGAGGCUAGAGGCUGUGGUUAUGGAGGAAGUGCCGGAGAUCUGCAGGGACGCGGUGGCGGAGUGGGACCGUGAGGUUUUGAAGUUGGGAGAGGUGGUUUUGGAACUGGUUGGGGAAGGGCUGGGAUUGUGUGCGGGAAGGUUCAGGGAUUUGAGUUGUUUGGGAUCGAGGAUUAUGGUGGGCCACUACUACCCGUACUGCCCGCAAUCUGAUCUGACGGUGGGGCUUGGGUCUCAUGCUGACCCGGGAUUGCUGACCCUGCUGCUACAGAACCAUAUGGGUGGGUUGCAGGUCAAGUGUGGUGGUGUUUGGCUCGAUGUUAAGCCAAUUCCUGGAGCCAUUGUGGUAAACGUGGGAGACUUGCUUCAGAUAAUGUCAAAUGAUGAAUAUAAAAGCGUGGAUCACAGAGUAUUGGCUAAUAUGAAUCAAGAACCAAGAGUGUCUACUGCAGUUUUCCUACAUCCAGGUAAAAGAGAGGAACUAUAUGGUCCUUUGCCAGAGUUAUCGAAAGACAAACCAGCACUGUAUCAACAAUUUACUUUCUCAGAAUUCAUGCAAAGAUUCUUCACCAAGGAAUUGGAUGAGAAAUCCUUAAAAAAUUUCUUUAGGAUUUGAUUUGCUUUCACUCAAACUUAUGUUGUUGAUGUGUUUAUUUAAUUCCUUGUUGGAGGUAUAAUGUAUUAACUAUUAUUACUAUGCAUCGUCUUGUAGUGUUUUAACAUAAUGUAGUACUUAGAAUUUGGAAUUAUGCAACAAAUGGACAUGUGUAUUUCUUUACUAAUAAUAAUAAAAAAAAAAAACUACCUA